AUGAAGAUCUCUCAGCUUCUCCAAGUCAUUACCGUAGCGCUGCUGGUUAUUGCGCUUUUGCCCGAGUAUGGCGCCGCUUCAGUAGAUGAUAUUGGCCUCAACGCCGAUUUCGAGCGAUUCGCUGUCCGAUCGUCACGCGGUAAUGCACGCCUACGGCGGAUGAGGAUUCUUGCUGCUGGUGGCAGCAGCACUACUUCCGCCGGCAAUACGAAGACCACCGGCACCACCACUACGGGCACCACUUCCACCGGCAACACUAAGACCACCGGUGUCACCGCCACGGCCGGCGGCGGCACCACCGCUUCCGGCGGCAGCUCUACUUCUGGUGGCAACACUGCCAGCGGCGGCGGCAGCUCCACUUCUGGCGGCAACACCAACAGCGGCGGCAGCUCCGCCUCGGGCGGCAACACCAACAGCGGCGGCAGCUCCGCCUCGGGCGGCAACACCAACAGCGGCGGCAGCUCCGCCUCGGGCGGCAACACCAACAGCGGCGGCAGCUCCGCCUCGGGCGGCAACACCAACAGCGGCGGCAGCUCCGCCUCGGGCGGCAACACCAACAGCGGCGGCAGCUCCGCCUCGGGCGGCAACACCAACAGCGGCGGCAGCUCCGCCUCGGGCGGCAACACCAACAGCGGCGGCAGCUCCGCCUCGGGCGGCAACACCAACAGCGGCGGCAGCUCCGCCUCGGGCGGCAACACCAACAGCGGCGGCAGCUCCGCCUCGGGCGGCAACACCAACAGCGGCGGCAGCUCCGCCUCGGGCGGCAACACCAACAGCGGCGGUUCCUCGGAUCCAAACCAUUGCGGCAGCUGCAACCGAUACUGCGCCACCGAUUUCAUGUGCUGCUCCGCCACUUGCACCUCGCUUCUCACCGACAAGAAGAACUGCGGCAAGUGCGGCAGGUUCUGCCGCGGAACCUGCAUCGCCGGCGUCUGCGACUACGGUGCUGCUGGGACGCCGUUGAAGAAGUAA